AUUUCAAAUGUAAAAUAAAUAGCUACAUAAUGAAUUCUGUAGAAACAAAAAAAACAUAAAUACACACAGAGACAGGUCUCCUAGUUUCUGGAGACAUCUGGAAAAAUUCAGUCGUAUAAAUAUCGAAUCCCACUUUUCACGCCAAAUUUCAAUCGAUUGAUUUUCGAGGAUGAAAAGGAAAGACUUUGAAGACGUUGAUGAUGAUGUCUCAGAUUUUAUCUUCUCUUCUCCCGCAACUAAAAUCCGUAGGCUGGAUGCUGAAUUGCCGCCGAUGGUAAUUGUAGAGGAACCUGAAGUCGUCGGUCCAUCGCCGGAACAGAGCUGUAGCGGUGUGACAAUUGAGGAGUUGCCCAAUUCGGAGAGGGCUAUCGUGCUUUUCCACCCAACCAUCACUACACCAAAUCCAAUCAUGCAUUCUCCUUCCAAUUUUUCGGUCUCCCUGGAUCCUCGAUUCAUUGCCGGCUGGAAAGAUCAAGUGUUGAGGUCAAGCACUGGAAAUUCUUGGAAACUAGCUAGUGAUGAGGCUGCUACAGAGGAUGACAACUCUAGCCCCGGCAAUGGGUGCCAAGCUGUUGUUCCAUGGUUUCCACCACAGUUUUCAUCCUCGGGUGGAGGUGGUAGUGAAACGGUGGACGAUGAAGCGAUGGGAGUGGCAAGCAUGGAUAUUGAAGAUAGUUCAAGCAUCCAACAAAGGAGCUCUGGCUCGGUCGCAGUAAGCCAAGGUUUGCCUCAAUGGCAGCACUGCACGAUCUUGCAACCUCCUCAGAACACUACAACGCCGAUUGUAUGGUACCGGUGAUUAGGUUAGGCGACGCGACACUCAGUCUUCAUCAGAGCUCCUGCUCUAGGUAUUGAAGUACUUGGAGUGAGAUGUGGGUUUUUCUCUGCUUGGAGAGAGGCACGGUUUGAUUGGCACUUCUUUGUGUGGUCUUGCUUAAUGAUAAGAUGAAAUGGGAUUCUCCUUGCUUGAUCACUUGGAAAAUGGAUCAAAUUAGCUUUCACCUUUGUUGGGUUGUAAAUGAGUUUUGCUAUACAUGCGCAAAUGAGACCCGAUUAAAAAUACAUAUUUUAAUGAGAAAAACUAUGGAAGUUUGUUA